UCUUCAAUUGAUUUAGGUAGAGCAGUGAAAUGAAAUAGCUUUUUAUUUUUGCUGAGAAGACCACUCCGCCCCCCCGACACACGCGUUCCCUCCCAGAAACCUGCUGCAUAAAACAUCCGUAAUGAAGACACAAGUAUCAUAAGCACAACCGGAAAUCGUCAUUUUCCACAUCCAUCCAUAAUUGAAUCAAUUGUGAAAUCCAACCAAAUCAAUCACUAGAUAUCCAAAAAAUGUGCCUGUGGGUGAAUUGUAAUUGAUUGUGAUAUAACAGUAAAUCUAAUUUACAUAAUAAUUGCACACUGUAUUUUAAGAAGCACCUUAUAAAUACCUUCGAACACUUUAGCCCUGAUCUUCAUUCGUAACAUUUCUUGGCUUACUGUAAUUACUAUUUAAGUGUUUUAUUUUUAAAGGUGCCAACCGGAAAAGGCUUUGUGCUUAUGUCGUCUGCUUUGACGACGCUGGUGACGGACUCACGCUCGAUGUCAGCAACGCCCGCGGCUUUAAAUGCUCCUCGUGCGGGCGCAGCUCCUCCUCUGCGCGCCCACGGAAUUUGGAGCAGAGCAGACCUCAUUCUCCUCCUCAUCAUCAUCAUCCUCCUACUCAUAUUAAUUUCUUCUUUUUUUUUAACUCUCCCUCUUUCUUGCUCUUUGGAUAUCUACCUGGAACGUCUCACUUGAGGGAGGGUUGCAAGUCCCAGGUGGAAGCCGCAAGCUGGUGAGUGACAUGGCCGGUCGGAGAGACUGAGAAGCUCCAGCCGACUUCCAUUGCGCGCACAAGCCGACGAGGAGGCGUUGGGUGCGAGACCCGCGAGAUGGAUGAACCCCCUUGUAGAUGUUUACUGGGCGCUCCUAUGAAGAUUGACGCGACGGGAGGGUUCUAGCCAGAAAAGGAGAGCAUUUUUGCAGAGGAAAUAAUGCACAGAGCGUGGAUCCUCCUCGUUCUCAUAGAAGAGGGCCUCGCUCUGGCACAGAGAACUAAAGACUCCCUGAGCGACAAUGGCGUCCAGAGCCCGAACCAGAAUGAUUGCGGCACGUGGGUACGCAACAUCAACGGCGGCGUGUUUACGUCACCAAAGUACCCUGACACGUACCCGCCUAACAAGGAGUGUGUCUACAUCCUGGAAGCACUACCCAGGCAGAGGAUCCAGCUGACCUUUGACAAGAACUACUACAUCGAGCCGUCCUUCGAGUGCCGCUUCGACCACAUCGAGAUCCGCGACGGGCCCUUCGGCUUCUCGCCUCUUAUCGACCGGGUGUGCGGAGGGAAGAACCCGGGACUGCUCACCUCUACCGGGCGCUUCAUGUGGAUCAAGUUCACCAGCGACGAAGAACUGGAGGGUCUCGGAUUCCGGAUCAAGUACACGUUUGUUGCAGACCCUGACUUCCAUCUGCAUGUGGGGGGACUGUUAAACCCAAUCCCGGACUGUCAGUUUGAGCUCAGCGGCUUCGACGGGAUCGUUCGCUCCAAUCAGGUGGACGAAAGCAAACGGGUCAAGCCGGGAGAUGCCCUGGAUUGCAUCUGGACCAUCAGGGCCCCCCCUCAGUCCAAGAUCUACCUACGCUUCAUGGAGUACCAGAUGGAGCACUCCAACGAGUGCAAGAAGAACUUUGUGGCCAUCUACGACGGCAGCAGCGCCAUCGAGAACCUGAAGGCCAAGUUCUGCAGCACGGUGGCCAACGAUGUCAUGCUGGAGAACGGCGUGGGCGUGGUGCGCAUGUGGGCCGACGAGAAGAGCCGACUCAGCCGCUUCCGCCUGCUCUUCACCUCCUUUGUAGACCCCCCUUGUUCGGCCAACACCUUCUUCUGUCACAGCAACAUGUGCAUCAACAACUCACUGGUGUGCAAUGGUGUCCAGAAUUGUGUCUACCCGUGGGAUGAAAAUCACUGCCAAGAGAAGAGAUCCGGGGGUCUCUUUCACCAGAUCACCAAGGCCCACGGCACAGUUAUUGGUGUCUCAUCCGGGAUCGUUCUUGUUCUUCUUAUCAUUUCUAUUCUGGUCCAAAUGAAGCAACCACGGAAAAAAGUGGUCGUCCGCCGGCCAGGUGUCUUCAACAAAGCGGGUCUCCAGGAGGUCUUUGACCCACCUCACUAUGAGCUCUUCUCUCUGCGUGACAAGGAGAUGUCGUCUGACCUGGCCGACUUGUCAGAGGAGCUGGACAGUUUCCAGAAGAUGCGGCGCUCGUCCACCAUGUCACGCUGCGUACACGAGCACCACUGCGGCUCGCAGGGCUCUGUUGGGACGGGCGGCGGCAGCAUGAAGCACAGCCGCACUACGCUGAGCUCCAUGGAGCUAUCCUACCACAACGACUUCUCCAAACCACCACCCAUGAAGACCUUCAACUCCACCGGCACCUAUAAGAAGAGCUGCUACGGCUACAAGCAGCACGGGCAGAGUCACGACUGUGACCAGCAGGUGAUCGAGGACCGCGUCACGGAGGAGAUACCCUGCGAGAUCUACAACCGAGGGGGCGGAGCUACAGGUGGCCUCGGCGGGGCAGUGGGCAUCACGGGGGGAGUGGCCAUGGCUGGAGGUAUGGGGAUGGCGGGCGGCGUGGCCAUGGCCGGGCCCAGUGGCAUCGCCGGUGGCAUCGGCGGUGGGAUGGGAGGAGCCUGCGGCACACUCACCAUCCGUGGCACCAGCAGCCGGAACAGCACCUCAGUGGUGGACCCACAACAGCGCUCCAUGUCCAUGGACUUCUAGGAGGAGAAUCUUACCUUGUGAGGUUGGAAAAAUGAGAUGAAGGAACGGGAACAGAACCUCUGUGGUCCACUACCAACAUCAAUCCAUGUCCAUGGAAUUCUUGAGGAACAAUGUGUGUUUGAAAAAAAAAAAAGCGAAUCAAGAAAGCAGAACAGAACAUCAGUGGCCACCUACCAACAGCGCUCCAUCUCCAUGAACUUAUCGAAGGGGAAUUUUCUCACCCUUGGAUGGCAAAACCUGUUCCAUAGAACCAGAACAACCAAGAUGGUCCAAAUCCAGACAUGCAUGCAGACACUCGCUUGGUCCAUGCAAUCAGCUCGACGGAAGAACCCAAUGAGAGAUUUUCUGAACUUGAUACAACCAUUCACCUGGCCAUGCAUAGGUAUAACAGAUAUACAUGUAUAUUUAAUAUAGUGACUUCAAAUAAUUUAUUUGAUUUAUUUUUUAUUAUUAUUAUUUUGGUGCGUGUUCCUUAUCUGUCACAACUAGGAUUUAUUGACCUUGUAACAUGGAGGGGAUUGAUGGGAUCCCCAAAGUUCUCAACGGAUCGGUCUUUUGGUUAUAUCCAAGUAGAUUAGUCCAAAGUUCACCUUGUCUGCUCACAAUCACCCGAUCUGUUUCUCCCCUCGCCGAGUUGGGUUGCAUCACGACAAACCCCUGUGACGCAAGACUCAUCACGGUCACAGGAACGCUAAAAGAAAGUAGUUUAAGGUUCUGCUGGACAAUCGAACGCACCAGCACAUUGCCAAAUGCACUUUAAGCAAAGACUUGACCAAUAAGUCAGCAGUCACCAUUACUGACUCUUGUCAUCUGUAUCAUCAUUAUAAUAUUAAGGGUCUCUAAACCUGACUGGUUCACAACCAGAACCUUCUGGAGUUCCUUCCAAACUGUUUAGUAUUUGGGGAGGUCUCGUUCAACGCCACUAUUAUUAUGCUUCGGGUGAUUUAGGUUACAAUUGGACCGUUGCCAGAGUCUAUUUGGAAGAGUUCCGUGUAGAGAUGCACCGAUCCGACUUUUUCAGUUCCGAUACCGAUACCGAUGCCGUGGUUUGCGUAUCGGUCGAUACCCGAUACCGAUCCGAUAUUAUGGUUGACUUAACAAGCUACAUAACUCUACAUGUGGAACAGAAAAGACCAAAGGCAAUGGCAUCAGGCAGACUACGCAGUUCUUUGCUCUAAAUUAGGGGUGUCCAAACUAACGGUCCAGUUUUUAUUGGCCCGCAGCAAAUUCUGAAAACAUAAUUGAAUAUGGCCCGCACAAGAAGCUUGAGCUCAGCUUCUCAGUUUCCACACUAGAUGGAGCCCGCCACACAAAGCGUUUGACGUCCCAUUAACACCCCCCCGGAAGAGAAGCGAACACGCAGCGUUUGACAUCCGAUUAGCCUCCCCCCCCCCCCAUUCGGGAGAGAAGCGAACGCGCAGCCUUUGACGUCCCAUUAGCAACCCGAAGAGAAGCGAACGCGCAGGGUUUGACGUCCGCUUAGCAACCCGGGGAAGAGAAGCGAACGUUCGCUCCAUGUUUGCGUUUGUUUAGAAAACUCUCGUGGCAUGCGGCACACGUGCUGCUGGCGUAUGACGUAGCCCGCGUCCCAAUAGAUUAAGGAAAGUAUCGGCUCACAGAUCGGCUGUAUUUUCCGAUACCCGAUCCAUCUAUUUUGUUGAUAUCGGGGCCGAUAUCCGAUCCAGAUAUCGGAUCGGUGCAUCUCUAGUUCCGUGUAUUCUAGGUUGGGCCCACACCUGAUUUCCAUUCGUGUGUUCACACAUCACAGAACAAAUCACAUGAAUCUGGAACACCAACCAGAGUUCGAAUAUAAGGGACCAAAUUGUGUUUGUGUGUGUGUUACCCUAGAGUGUGGUUAGUUGUGGUGUGUAUUUUUUUUUUUUUGGGUUGAAGGGGGGUCACCCAAAUUCAGAAACUGGAUUUCACUGAAUUCAUUUGGAAGCUCUCAGUUUUGAGGGUUUCAGACCACUUCCGGACUGACCAAACUAACAUGACAGAGGUUCAAAAGUGAAAUACGAUGUGAAAGCACCCCUAAAUGAGGUUAAAUAUUUGCAUUAGUAACUGACUCAAUGAACUCCAGCUAGGUUAUAAUGGACCAACCCUAGGAUAAACAUGGGUCAUUUUUGGGGAUUAAAAUGGACCAAAGUGUGAAAGGACCUUUCAAAGUCGUAGUAUGUUUGGUUUGGUCUGAACUGGAGUUCCGGAUUUGAUCAAAUGAACCGCACAGAAUGUAAACCCGAAUUAUAGCCUUCGGUCUUAACUAGAGUAGAAUUAGCAGUGUUUCGUGCUGGUUUGGAAGCGCCCUUAAGAAGUUUUGGCUGUGAUGUGACUCACCAGCGCCGUCUAACGGACACGCUCGGUAUUACAAGACAUGUCCGAAUAUCCUUUUGUAUUUUUUUUAUCAGUGCUGUGUAGCUGACUCGCUGAAUCUACUUGUGAUGGAGUUUGACAUGCUUUGUUGAAAUGGCAGCCCUGCUUACCUCACACAUCCACACGCAGACAUAACGCCUAGCGCUCCGCCACGGAAAGAGCACACCAAGAGACUCUUAUUUUGGUAAGAGGAAAGUGUUUUUAUUUUUGAAUCCCCCCCCCCCUCCCCCUUGAGAAAUGUACAAGCACAACGUCCCCUCAAGAAAUGAUUGACUUAAUCACAAUGUAUGAUUUCAUUCUAUUGGAUUGAAAGAGAACCUGCGGACCAGCCUGUGGGAGCUUCAUUGUACAGUGCUAUAAAAGUGUCAAAUAAAUGCCUCACCCCUAA